AUGUCCUUCGACACCAACUCGACCACAAUGCUGGAACAGUUGGAAGGGGGUGGCGAUGAAGGAACGCCGACGAAGAGCAAGAAGAUUAUCAAAGCCCGAACCUCGUCGACAACGCGAUCCUCUCUGUUCCUUUUGGGCACAAUGGCUGCAGCGGACACUCUAUGCCUUUUUUCACUUCUCUUCCUGCUUUGCCUCCGAUUCUUCGGACUCGAAAAUCAUCCAUACGUUCUAACGUUUGUGUGUAAGUUGAGCGUGUUCGUCAUGCACACGACGUCGUCGUUCUCGAUCUGGUGCUGGCUGGUGCUCUCCGCGGUCCGCUACGUGGCAGUUUACCGCCCGUACACACACCUUAAACUCAAUAAGGAGCCUCGUCUCGCCGUGAUCACCGUCGCCUUCUUCUGUUGUGUGUCGGAAGUGUGGGUGCUUUGGGACAUUGAAUACGACGAGACGUUUAAAGCAUGCGGUGGGACUGAAACCGAGAUCAGCAGACAUCUACAGAUUUUUGAGAUCUUCAGCUCCUACUUUCUUCCGGUAAUCAUCAUCACCGUGUUGGAUUUGAAGGUCAUCUUGUGCCGAACAUGGCGAUUUUCCAGUGGUCCAAAGCGGAGUGUGAAGGCGGCAAAACAAAAAAUGAGCAUAUAUAGCGAGGGAUGUCCUUCUCCGGACUCUAGUGUUAAGAAGUAUUCAAGUGCAAACGUGACAAUCAGCAAGUCUAGGUCGAAUGGAGAGUUGACGACAUCCAGUUCUUCUAGAUCAAAACGACGCCAACACCUCCGAGUCCUCCGUCGAUGUCUCUGCAUUACGAUUUUCGACUUAUCCAUGAACCUACCAUCCUACCUCUUGCGGCUCUAUGUCUCUCUGGUAGAUGAUACGGAACCAAUGUCCGAUGAGUACAUGUCGACGAUUGCUCUUGUUGAAGAAGUCUCACAAGUCAUGUAUUUUGCCCAGUUUGCGCUUAACGCGUUGUAUUUGAUUUGUAUCAUUUACGAUACGCCGAAGAGGAAGUUUACGCUCCCGAGCACCCAGCUCAGUGCGGUUGGUCUCACUCCACGAGCGAGUCGAAAAUCGGCAAGAAGCACAUUUGAAACUCGGAUUGUUUAA